UAGCAGCUCCAACUUUCCAUGGAACUUUAUCUCUCUCUCUCUCUCUCUCUCUCUCUCUGCUGCCUUUCUUGAACCGGUCAUAGUCCACCCUUUCAUUUGGAUGGAAGGCAUUUGAACUGCCUUUGUUUGAACGCCAUUUUCAGUAUCUUUUUCUUGCAUAACUUGAAAUUCUCUUCCUUUAUAUUAUCAUUCAAGAGAAUUGAACGCCAUUUUCGAGCAUUUGGAAUUCAUUCCGUAAAGUGAUGCAUGGAUGGUUACUGAUUUCUGUGGCGGCGGCGGCGGCGUCCGCCGGCGGCGUGGUGCUCCUCCUGUUUCUCCGGCGAUGCUGUUCUUCUCCCAAACAAGGAGACGAUUUGGGUGAAGAAGGCAGCAAGGCAACAGCCCAGACUCUGCAAACUGGAAUUGGGAAGCUUCAUCUUCAUCCCCAUCUCGAUCCUGAAACGUGGAGAAGAACAAAUUACUACAUGUUCAAACGUGAGCCGUCGUCGAAACCUCUGUUCAGUUGGGCCGAUCAUCCGUCUCUCGUCACCGACGCCGUCGAAAACGGGUGGUCCCGAUUCGCUUUCACGACCUCGUACUCGGCCUCACCGUCGAUUCGGUCGACCCGGUCAACGCUGCUGGGAGUUUGCGCCGCCGGUGAACGGGGAAGAGAAAUGGUGGAUAUAAGCUGGGAAGUUUGCCAGGGAUCGAGCGAUUUCAUCCAGAAAAUCAGGAUUAAUUCAAGCCAUUCUUCUUGUACCAUAAUCAAAACGGGCUUGCCCUUGCCGGGUCCUCCUCUGGGAAGCUCUUCUUUCCCUCAAGAAGGCUAUUUCGAAAUCACAAUCUUGGCCCCGCGGCGAGAAGAUCAUGGAAACGCAAAGAAAAUAAAAUCUGAGGGAGAGAAAAUUAAACUCAUUGAGGAAAAUUCGAGCACCGAAGAGGUAAAACAUUGUGGGAAAGACGACGGGAAAGGCGAGGGGAUUGCGUUGUCAAUCGGGCUGAGCAGAGGAGGGGCUCUUCCUCUGAAGGUUCCCGGCAGCUAUGCUGGAUCCAUUGGUUUCAAUUCGGAUGGCUCUGUUUAUCUUGAUGGAAUGAAACUUGUCUUCGAAUCAGAGAAGCAAAAGUGGGGAGAAACAGAGAGGGUGAUUGGUUGUGGGUACAAUCCGAACGAGAGAAAAGUCUUAUUCACCGUUGAUUCGGAGCUGGUUCAUGUAAUCAGCUGCAAGUCCGAGGAAUUUGGCUCUCCACUCUAUCCAACGUUAGCAGCAAACGUUGAUGCCACUGUUCUUGUCAAUUUCGGCCAAACCGUGUUCAAAUAUGGGCCAGCAAAUGCGCAGAGGACUCCCAAUCCUUGCUUCAUUGGGCCUCUUGUGAAUUCCCCGGCCCUGGGCUACGAUGACAGCCGAGAGCUGUUCUCGAUGGGGCGAAUCGACUCGCAGUGGCUUAACCGACACGCCAGAAGUGGCCACAACAACGGCAGCGCCAACAAGGCAUUUGAUUUCGACGAGGAGUCGGAAGGCGAUCUGUUUGAGAUAGUGUUGGAUGGCGGUGGAAAUGGCAGAUAGCCCCACACUGUGUUGCAAUGGGAAGAUUAAAAUUGAAAAAAAUUAUAUAUAUAUUUUUUCCAAAACAAAACACGCGUAUGGUAUUUAAUAUGAGGAGUUAGAAUUCACGCAAAUGCCAAGGCAGCGGGCUGGCUUUUUAGAGCAAGUUCGGGGGGUCAGUUGAGCGGCAUGGAUUUGUUUUGGAAUUCUGCAGCAUUUUGGGUUGAACACAAAGGCAGAGUGAUGUGCAGAUACCCUCCAAGGUAGAUAGUCCAUGUAUCUUUUUCCCUUUUGAGGGAAGCAUACUCCUUACGUUGUAUAUAAAAAGGAUACUACAAGAGCAUAGACAUUUGCAUGAUGGAGAGAAAGAUGAGACUUUUUGCUCUCCCCCACUCUCUACUUCAACAAUGUCUGUCAUUCUCCCUCAAUCUUGUGAUGUCUUUCCUUCCCUGGCUCUUCAGUGUGCUCAUAGCUCACUUAGGUUCAGGUUUUGUAUGUACCCAAAACGUAAUUUAACCCUAAUUGGGCACAUAAUUUUAGACUCAGAAUUGUUUCAGUCACGAUGGAUUUGUA